AUGAAAGGAACACAAUCAUCUACAGCCAAUGUCAUCCGGCGAGCUAAGGCAUGCAAUACAUGUCGGCGGAAGAAGGUUAAAUGUGAUGGAAGGCGACCAAUCUGUUCACCUUGCCACGCAUUCAAUCUCUCUUGCGGAUAUCAAGAUGUCAUGGACAGCCGGAAACGCGAUAGUCGGACAUAUGUUGAAGAGCUAGAGAAGCGAAUAGAACGUAUGCAGGAGCAAUUGGAAAGUAUGACUAGAUCUGGAAUUGGAAUCCAGCGGGGUGUGGAGAAUACUCGACGAUCACGAUCAAGUUCGCCGGGCCAAUCAGUCGAGAGCACUACUGACUACAGGGAGCCAGAAGACCCAGCAGACGGAGACAACAUCCCUGGAAUGCCUCAGGUACCACCUGACAAGGGUCUUCAUCCUUCCGCCGAGAACGAUCAAUCUAUUGUCAUCGACUCACAGGACGGGAAAAUGCGCUAUUUUGGGGCUUCGUCUGCCUUUUCUGCACUGACCGAUGCCAAAGUAAAUGGGCUAGAGACCCAGCCACAUACCGGAAACUGGCGACACGCGGCUCAAAGAAGUGCUCAUCCAUGGCAACUUUCAAACUGGAUCCCCCAUGUUCUUCAAGAUGGCCUGGAACGGCGCAUUUUCGAACCUCUGCCAUGUAAGGACACAACGGUGCAACUGGCCAGAGAGUACUUUGCAACCUUUAACCAUGCAAUCCCUCUUUUUGAGGAGGCGUCGUUCAUGAGGUCGGUCGACAGACAAUACUCAUGGAAUCCCGAUGAUAGUGCAUCAUGGUGGAUCUCUCUCAACAUUGCUCUCGCCAUAUCAUAUAGAGAAAGGGCGCAUGCAUAUUCUAGUGCUAGUGACAACUGGAAAAAAUCAUUGGGCCACGUUAAAAAUGCAUUGAACGCUGUCGUCGACGUUUUCCUUCGAAAUACUGACAUCGCCGCCGUUCAGGGUCUCUUAGGACUGGCGCUUUACUUUCAGGGUACACCUAACCCACAAGCUCUCUUUAUGUUUGCGGCUGCAGCAAUGCGUCUGGCCCAGUCAAUAGGACUGCAUAGGGAAAACGCCUCUGGAGCUUCACCCGAGGCGGAGCAAAGGCGAAGAGUGUACUGGAUCGCUUUCAUACUUGACUCAGACAUUUCCAUACGGGUGGGCCGCCCGCCGGUCCAGGAUAUCGAAGACUAUGAUACACAUCUACCGACAGAGAACCCUCCUGAUGGCAGGGGCGUACUAACGAUUGACGGUACCAGAAUAAAUUACUUCCGUCUCCUUGCCCAACUAGCUCAGAUUCAGCGGCUUGUUAUUAGACAGCUUUACACGGUAACUGUUCGUCAGAAGUCGAGUGAUGAUGUUAAUGUGAGAAUAAAGUCUUGUGAAGACGCGCUGUUGAGCUGGAAGAAGUCUAUAAAUUCGAAGCUUCAACCCCAGCGCACAUUUUCUUGUAAACCAAGUUAUUUCCUGCAACAUGUUCUUCGAUUACAUUUCGCAUAUAAUUGCUGUUACUCAAACCUUUAUCAGCACGUUCUGCAUUGGCCCUGCUAUCACAUGUACAUUCGUUCGGUUCUACCUACAAAUGCAUGUGUCCCUCUUGCCCUAAGGAUACUCGCACAUCCUACACAUUCAGAUGCAGGGGACGACCUUUCAAUGGUCCAGAAUGUUGUCAGGUUCCUCACAUCUACUUCUUCCGAAGAGCCUAAUACAUAUGUCGACUUUAUAUUGGGCAUGUGCUCUGACUUGGAGCGUUCUGCUAGGAGAGCCUUCAUGACAGCGCAACCUGCCCGCCACCACCACCCAGCAACUAUGCAGAAUAACGAAAAUGACAGGCCUAGUCGAUCUAGUCAUGGAAUAAAUCAAAACACAGUUCCCAACUUUUCGGACGCGUUACCGACUUCUUUGGGCAGCACUUCUGCGGCAAAUAUGGGGAGCACCCAUUUUACGAAUAUGGUGCCGCAGGGCCCCUACUCAGAUAUUGGUUUUCCGGAAUCUUCUAACGAAGUUGAUCUGUCGGCUAACUGGCAGUGGUCUCUACCGCCGUUUUGGAACUGGCAGGAUCUUGCUUCAGUUGCGCCUUUGUUUUCGGUCGUUCCGGGAGUGGAUGUACCAGAGGCCAAUAUGCCUGAUACCUGA